UUUUGUUUUUUUAUAAUCUAUUCUGGAGGCUUUGAAUGUACUAUCUACCCCGAGUUGCUGUAGUCUAAAAUGACGUCACAUUAAUAGCAGUAUCGUGAGUUGUAUUGACUUUUCUUUGUGUUUAUAGUGCCCAUAAUUGUGUCAGCAGUUUUUAUGACUAAUUUAGUGAUAUUAUGAUUAAUAUGGAAACUGAAAAUGUGUUGGAUGACAGUUUAAACAAUUCACAGAUCGGCGGUAUGACUAUAUUAUAUGACAAGUGUGGAAGUGGGAAUAAUAAAAAAGAAAAUUCCCAGUUCAGUACUGAAAAAGAAACCUGCUUAAAAUAUUUUGAACGAUGGAGCGAAAACCACCAAAUCGAAUUCGUACAACAUUUACUGUCUCGGAUGUGCCAUUAUCAGCAUGGGCAUAUAAAUACUUACCUCAAGCCUAUGCUGCAAAGAGAUUUUAUUUCACUUCUUCCGAAGAAAGGAUUGGAUCAUGUUGCUGAAAAUAUUCUUUCUUAUCUCGAUGCUGAUUCGUUGUGUUCAGCCGAAUUAGUAUGUAAAGAAUGGUACAGAGUAAUUUCCGAAGGAAUGUUGUGGAAAAAGUUGAUAGAGAGAAAGGUUAGAACUGACUCCUUAUGGAGGGGGCUUGCUGAACGGAGAACAUGGAUAAAUUAUUUAUUCAAACCAAAACCCGGAAAGGCACACCCAAACCAUAAGUUUUAUAGGUCUCUAUUUCCUAAAAUAAUUCAAGAUAUAGAGAGCAUUGAAAACAACUGGAGGAUGGGUCGACACAAUUUGCAGCGGAUAAAUUGCCGUUCUGAAAAUUCUAAAGGAGUUUACUGCCUUCAGUAUGAUGAUCACAAAAUAGUUUCUGGUUUAAGAGACAAUACCAUCAAAAUCUGGGACAGGUACACUCUUCAAUGUGUUAAAGUUUUGACUGGUCACACUGGCUCAGUCCUCUGCCUACAGUAUGACGAUAAGGUAAUCAUUAGUGGUUCCAGUGAUAGUACUGUUAGGGUUUGGGAUGUCGUUUCGGGAGAGAUGGUCAACACUCUCAUACAUCAUUGUGAAGCUGUAUUGCAUUUAAGAUUUUCAAAUGGAAUGAUGGUUACAUGUUCUAAAGACAGAUCUAUCGCUGUCUGGGACAUGUAUUCACCUACUGAAAUAACUCUAAGAAGAGUUCUCGUCGGUCAUAGAGCCGCUGUAAAUGUAGUCGAUUUUGAUGAGAAAUAUAUUGUGUCGGCGUCAGGUGAUAGGACAAUUAAAGUAUGGAACACUGCAUCGUGUGAAUUUGUACGUACAUUGAACGGUCACAAACGUGGUAUCGCAUGCCUGCAAUAUAGAGAUCGUUUAGUUGUUAGCGGAUCUUCUGACAACACUAUUAGACUGUGGGACAUUGAAUGUGGUGCAUGUUUGAGAGUAUUGGAAGGACAUGAAGAACUGGUGAGGUGUAUCAGAUUCGAUAGUAAAAGAAUUGUGUCCGGAGCCUAUGACGGGAAAAUUAAAGUUUGGAACUUAGUGGCUGCCUUAGAUCCAAGAGCUCCUGCUAGUACCCUAUGCCUUCGAACGCUUGUAGAGCAUACUGGACGCGUGUUCAGACUGCAAUUUGACGAGUUCCAGAUAGUAUCUUCAUCGCAUGAUGAUACAAUUUUAAUCUGGGAUUUUUUGAACUAUGCACCGCCUGAUGCAUCACAUCUCUUGAGUAAGUUUUCGACUUUCGAAUGAAGAGAAGAAAAAGAUGUGAGUUAGGUAACAUGUCCGAUACCUUUUUGCCUCAACGUGAUUACACCUUUUAAUGACUAUUGCUAGAACUGUUAUCAGUUUAUCCCUCACAAUUGAAUUCACCUGCUACCAAAGUAAGCAGACAGUGAAGAGUUCCUAUAAUAAUGACCAAAUCAUAAAGAAAGUGCAAUAUGCCGUGUUCUGCUCUGUCCAAAGUAUAUUUUAUCAAUGAAAGUGUUCAAUCGAUAGAAUCAAACGAAUGAGCAUGAACUGAAUGUACCACAAAAAGAGUUUCACAAUCAAGGAAUAUGUUUCAGUGAGUAUUCAAAUAAAGUUGAGAAAAGAAGACAGUCACAUUUAGCUCAAACAUUGUAAAGCAAUCCGUUUCGUUGGCAUAUCAAUAGCCUAAAGUUUUUAAGAAUGUUAGAAUUCUUUUAUUUUAAUAUUUUCCCCCUCGCUUAAAUGGUUGGUAGUAAUUUGCAAGUUGGUUUACAUAUUGAGUUAUUUUAGUUAUCUGUAUCCACCAUAUGGAUUUUUGUUUUUAAUUAUAUUUUAUUGAGUAUUGAUCUGGUGUGAUAGGGGGAACAAAUUGUAAAAUUAUUAGUUGUUAUGAAAAAUGGUUAAAUAUUAAAUUCCGUCAACGAGACUGCUUUUAGAGCCUAACAGCUCAUGUAAUAGGAAUUUUAUUCCUCGUGUAAUUGCGAUUUUAUUUUUAAAACGUUAUUCUGGGGUUAUUUAGAUUUUUCUAAUAAUAAAAAGGGAAAAAAUAAUGUUUUUAUCUUGUAUAUUCUUAUCCGCAGUACUUUAUAGAUAAUAUUAUAAAUAUUUUUGUAUAUAUUACUCAGAGGAUGGGUUGUAUCAUACUAAUGUAAAUUAUGCCAAUAAUGAUAUUGAGCUCUUAAAAUUGUAUACACUAUGCACAACGUAAACGAUUAUUAGCAAUCUUAUGUCAAAUCCUCAUUAAAAAAAUUAAACUAUUUGUUAAUGCCUGUAAAGUAAUAAUAACAGUCGAGAAUGUAUAUAUUUAUAUAUAAAACAAUGUAUGGAAUGUGUUAUAUGUAUUAUAAAUUGCAACGAUAAAUGAACAAAUUGUAAAUAUAUGAAUAAAGUGUAUAUCGUGUUUUAAGUUUGUUUUAUAGUUAGGUUAGUCUAUUGUAAAUUUCUAUAUAUUACAUUAAAUAUACUUAAACUGCUAUCAACGAAACAGUUUUAAUUUGUAAAAAGUUUUUGUAUUAUUCAAACAUGAAAUUAUUCAUGAUGUGUUCAAGUUAUCAUGCUUCUCUUAGGACUAUUUCCUCAAUGUUUUUAUAGGUGAAUUUUUAUUGUAUAUUUUUAAAUAGAUAAGAGCUUGUAUAACACCAGUAUUCUUGGCUACUUUAUUGAUUUAAUUCUUAAAAAAAAAAAAAAAGUGUAUAUACAUAAAAGUAUCGAUAGCUAUGUUCUUAAGAGCUGCAUAAAAAGAAAAAAUACAACUAAUUUUUUUUUAAAUCAACAAUUUAAUUUAUUUUUCUUUGUUUUGAGCUGCAAUGUUAAAGAAGAAAGAAAUGUUUUUACUUUUUCUGUUGAAUAUUGUUAAUUUUGCUUAUGUUAACAAUGACAUGUUCGACUUCAGUAGAAUGUUUUUCAUAUUUCUAAGGUCUAUAUUUCCUUAAUUAUAAUAUAUUAAUGUAUUCUUCCAUAUUUUUUUAGAAACUCUUAGACUAUUUGUUUCAUUUCCAAAAUUUAAAAUUUAUGCAAAAGAGACUAGGAAGAGAGUUACUAUGCUGUAGUUGAACUUGAUGUAUAUAAUAGUACUAUUCGCAUUAUUAUCGACACUAUUUGUAAAAUUAACUUUUUAAGUUAAUAUUCAUUUAAAUAAUCUUAUAAUUGUAAAACAUAGUGCUUAGAUCUACUGGUUACAUUUAGAUAUAUUCAUCCCGUAAUUUGUGUUCUUGCAGUUCGUUAUUAAAUUUGAUGAAAUUCUUAGUACAGCCAAAGCCUGAUAUUAGUAAAAACUAGUCAUAUCUAAGCACCAAGUUUUGCAAUUUUGCUCUUAUCUCUGCUUUCGUUAAGCUAUUAUCGAUUUAAUAAUCUACUUAAUACUGGGUGAGUAGUCAUACGCUUAUUAUACAUUUAUAAAUCAUUUAACCAUAUUUUUAAUCAAACAACAUUUAAAUUUAAUUUUAAUUAUUGCGUAAUCUGGAGGAUUUUAUUUAUUUAUUUCCACUCAGAUUUAAUCAAUUACCUUAAAGUUGAUUUAGAUAUGAUAAUUCAAUGAACCACUGUCAAUUUUACCGAUAUUUUUUUAAACAUGUGAUUUCAUUAAUAUAUGUAUAUUUUUAAUUGGUUUACUGUCAACCCAGAAUUUAGUUGCCUCUUAAUUGAAUUAUUAAUAGUAGUCUCUCUUCGAAUAAUUUAUUAUUUUAAAAUUUGUACCACCUUUGUUAAUCUCUCUGCCAUUGCUUUGGUACUCGCGAAUGAAGUUAUAAAUUAAUAUUGUCAAGAAUUACAUUGUUCAAUUAUUGUACAUGGUAUAGAUACGAGGGACUAAAUAAAAUUAUUAGCAGAAAGAUAGUAUAAUUAAGUUUUAUUCUGUUAGCAAAAGAAGAAACUUUGUUAAUUGAAUCAAAAACAUAAUAUGAUUGAAUAUUGCUUCAACAACUAAAAGUUUUAGUAAUUCUGUUAUUUUGCCAAUACAUUUUUAUUUCUUAAACUUCUCAUUUUGUGGUUACCAGAUUAAAUAACACUAUUUAUGAUAUUAAUUUAAUAACAUGUUUUGGUAAAAUUGAUUGUAGGAUAUUAACAUUUACCAUUACCGUAUACUGCUGCUAAUUUAGCCAUUUACUUAUCUUCCUUACCUCUUUAAGAAGGUGGAACUAUUAGUUCCCAAGGUGUCAAGUAUAAGUCGCUAGCUUUAAUGAAGUUAUGCUAUAACUAGUUAAAGGUAUUUGUAUAUUUCGACCUCAUUUGUCUGAGAUCUUGCAUCAAAAUAAUCUGCUUAAUGUGUUAAGCUCUUGACUGAAUCUGUAAAAUUAACUUAUUUUUUAUGAAAAUACGUCCCGAUUACAUCUAUUUUACUUUACGGCAUAGGGUUUACUUCAUCCAUUAUUAAGCCUAUAGAUUAUUAAACUAUUAUUGUUACGAGAAUGGUCGAUUAAUUUAGAAAAGAUUUGUUCUAUUCGAAUAAGUAUUAGAAUUAAAUUUACUGAUGUAUGCCUGAAAAUUUGUGAUAUUUCUUUUUUUUUUUAUAAAUAUAUAUAUAUUGUAAUUUCCUAUUUGUUUAAGUUUUAUAAUUUACCCAUAUAGUAUAAUGUAAACUAUGUUAUGGCAUCGCUUUUCAUGACAGUAAUAUUUGUGUACUUUUAAAGUUAAGCAAGUAGUUUAAACUAGAAGUUAGAUCUUAUUAUUUAUUAUAUUAUAUUUAUUUUAUUUUUUUGUAAUAUCCGCCUUAAUGCAAUAUCCUUGGUACAGCAAUAGCAUCUUUUGAUCUCAGGCUAGCGAGGGCAUCAUGUAACAUUUUGUAUAUAUAGAUAUAUUUUAUGUUCUCCAUUGUUGAAUAAAGGAAGUUCAGUAUGGGAUUAUAGUUUGUAUGUUUGUUGAUGAGGUAUUGGUUCUACCAUAGAUUAUAAUUAAGACAUGUUUUCUUAUAAAUAUUCUGCUAUAUUUCCUGACCAUUUAUAGCUCUGUUAUUUAUUUGAUUGAAAUAUGGAGUGACUGCUGUAAAUUAGUGUUAAAAUAAUUUUGCUAUGCUAUGUACAUAAAAAAAAAAAAAAAAAAAAAAUAGAAACAAAUAUGGAACAAUUUUUUUUCUCAAAUUUUAUUUUUAACUUACCUAAUUUUACAGGUAACUUUUCUCAGUUUUUCAAGACUGAUUUAACUGUAAGUGCUCUAUUACACUAGGCAACUAAGUUGCAUUACUAAAAGGGUGACUAGAUAGGAGUCGUGUCGCUCGUCUGCUGAAGUAUACUAGACCUGCAUAGUAGGACAAAUAUGCUCUAUUGGACAGCUUUUCUGUACAAAUUUUCUUCUUCAUUUUAAUGAACCUCACAUAGAUGUACUAUAUUGAACCCUCAGGUACAUUUGAUUGUAAAAGUAUUACAAAAUCUUUUAAUUAUUUCAAUAAAUAAAGUAUUAAAUUCUGAACAAAAAAAAAAACUUAAACGACUACUUUAAGGUAGUUCUGGGUAUUUCGGAAUAAUUUAUUUCUGAAAUAACUGUGGAUUGAUGGUUGACUGUAGUGAAUAAUUGAAGAGAAGAAUCGUUGGGCUGAUCAAUCAAAAAAAUUAAUAAGUAUUUUUAUUUUUGCCGAUGUUUCGUCUCCAAGUUCCAGGGCUAAGAAAAAAACAGAUAACAAUAGGUAUGAGAAACUAUAAACAUUACUAAAUAAAUAAAUUAGUAUUUAGGUGAAAGAUAUAGUCUAAAAAAUGUGGUUAGAAUAAUAACAGUAAGUUGAUUCUCUGCCACUGUUAUUAUCCUACCUACAUUUUUUAAACUAUACCUUUCAUCUACAUAUUAUUUUUUAAUGUUAAUAGUUCUCAUACCUAUUGUUAUCUGUUUUUUUCUUAGCCCUGAUGAAUAAUAAUAUAUAAAAUAAAUAUACUUAUUUUUUUUAUUUUUUUUUUAUCAUCCCACUCAUUCUUCUCUACUAAUAUUUCAUAUUGCCAAUGAAAUAACUACUAUAUUUAUGUCUGAAAUAAUUGUUUCUAUAUUUUAACAUUCAUUGAAAUAAAGCAGUUUAAUUAGAAAUGAGUUAUUUCUGAUAUUCCAUAAAAAAUUACAAAUACAAAAAAUUUAAACAUAUAACACUCCUCGAGCAAUAUGCAACUGACAAUAACCAUUCCUUGCAUUAAUAGCCUCAUACCCUCAGGUAUUCAGCUCAAAGAGGCUAAGUGUACGCGACCACCAUUUUAUACUUCUUAAGGUGUCAUGCGUUAAUUUCUACUACAAUUUAAGAGAAUAAAGGUUUUGAAGUUGAGCAAGAUCUCGGUAAAAUCACCUCCCUGCACAACCGUAGACCAAGAAACAGUGCUUUCUCUACAUAUUACUGAACUCAGGACCCUUCAUGGGUUGUAGUAGUACAGGUUUUUUUAUUUUAUUUUUUAAAUGCUUUAUAGAGGCUAGGUAUGGUGACCACCAUAGUGAUUUUGUUUUUACUGUCCGAGUGUUUCAAAUUUUU